UCACUGAUGACAAAUGAUCUCAAUCUGUUCGAUUUUCUUUUUCAUUUUUUUAUUACCUUUACUGUAGUUUUGUGGAGUAGAGACCUUUGGGGUUGUGACUAAAAGCCAGAACUGUAUAGAAACCGAGGUCAUGAGAUUGAGUCUAGACACAGACACAUUUCUUCAUCAAUAUUGAUUCAUGCGUUCAAUCGUUCAAACGUACUAAGAGAACAUAUAAGUCCUGUUUUAACUCUGCUGGGAAUACAAUUCUGGAUACUGAAUCAAUUAAUCCUGUUGUUCUGUAACAGAUUCCAAUUUGAAUCUACUGAAAUCAGAAAUACUGCAAACAUAUGCAAUUCUCAAUUUCACAGAAAUAAAAUCAAAGACAUUGCCCUCAUUUAUGUUAUGUUUAAUUCAAACUGUAGUUUCAUCAUUUCAUUUAUAGAAGGUAAAAGUAAAGUAGUUAAACAAGGUAAAAGAGUUAAAAGUAUAAUAUGUUGAGACUAAAGACUUAAAAAAAGUUUAAAAAAGAGUAAAUUUUGUAGUAAAACAUGUCUAUUUUAAUUUCCAACCCGUUAUCAUCUGGCGACCCCUUGAAUUCUCCUUGGGACCCUCUUUGGGGUUGCGAUCCCCAGGUUUGAAAGCACUGAGAUCGAGUAAAGCUAUUUUCCAUGAACAAAAGUAAAAGGAACACUCUUCAACUUUCUUGGUUCAUCGUUUUGAUCCACUGUGAUUCUUUCACUAUAGCUCUGUAUUGAGUGAACGACAUUAUAAGUGUCUUUAAGCCGCUUUAGUCCUUUUGGUACAAUGGCCUUAUUGACCUAUGUCCCCCCGAUUGCGAUUCAGCCGCUCUCAGCCUCUUUCUGUCCAAGACGUCACCGUGCACGCAGACGUCAGGCCGCGACUGACACGGUCUUGUUGCUGAUGUCAGUCACAGCCUGACAGACCGGCCACAGGGCAGCAUCACUCAUAUUCUGUCUCUGCCAGACUUACUACACUUGGUCAGGAUGAGAGCUACAGCCAUGUCUUCCAACUCAGCGACGGUCCGGAUCCUGAUAAAGGGCGGCAAGGUGGUGAACGACGACUGCACCCAGGAGGCCGAUGUCUACAUCGAGAACGGCAUCAUCCAGCAGGUGGGAAAGGAGCUGAUGAUCCCGGGUGGAGCCAAAGUGAUCGACGCCUCGGGAAAACUGGUCCUCCCGGGGGGCAUCGACACCAGCGUCCACCUGGAGGAGAGCUUCAUGAACGCCACCACGGCAGACGACUUCUACAGCGGCACCAAGGCUGCGCUAGCUGGCGGUACAACAAUGGUGAUGGGACACGUUCUGCCAGAGAAGGAUGAGUCUCUGCUGGAAGCCUACGAGAAGUGCCGCCGCACGGCGGACCCCAAAGCAUGCUGCGACUACGCUCUGCACGUGGGCGUUACCUGGUGGGGACCCAAGGUGCGAGCUGAGAUGGAGAAGCUGGUGAGGGAGAACGGAGUGAAUUCCUUCCAGAUGUUCAUGGCCUACAAGGACAUGUUCAUGCUGAGGGACAGCGAGCUCUUCCAGGCGCUACAGCACUGUAAGGACAUCGGCGCCAUAGCAAGAGUCCAUGCUGAAAAUGGAGAACUGGUGGCAGAGGGUGCAAAGGAAGCAUUGGACCUGGGCAUCAUUGGACCAGAGGGGAUUGAAAUCAGCCGGCCUGAAGAGUUGGAAGCAGAGGCCACCCACAGGGCCAUUACCAUCGCCAACAGGGCCCACUGCCCAAUCUACCUUGUCAAUGUCUCCAGUAUGUCUGCGGGAGACGUAGUAGCUACAGCCAAGAUGCAGGGUAAAGUGGUCCAAGGUGAAACAACCACAGCCCACGCCGUGCUGAACGGUAUGCAGUACUACCAUCAGGACUGGGCCCACGCUGCAGCCCACGUUACCGUGCCCCCUCUCCGGCUGGACCCCAUGACUCCCAAUUUCCUAAUGAGCCUGCUGGGGAAUGACACUCUGAACGUUGUGGGGUCCGACCACCGUCCAUUCACCAUCAAGCAGAGGGCCAUGGGCAAGGAUGACUUCACGAAGAUCCCCCACGGGCUUCCAGGCAUUCAGGAUCGCAUGAGCGUCAUCUGGGAGAAAGGAGUGAUUGGAGGGAAGAUGGAUGAGAAUCGCUUUGUUGCAGUCACAAGCUCAAAUGCAGCUAAGAUCUACAACCUCUACCCCAGGAAAGGGAGGAUCAUCCCAGGAGCAGAUGCUGAUGUGGUGGUCUGGGACCCCGAGGGAUCCAAGACCAUUUCUGUGGACAACCAGGUCCAGGGAGGAGACUUCAACCUGUACGAAGGUCUCCGUUGUCAUGGUGUUCCCCUGGUCACCAUCAGCCGUGGCCGUCUGGUCUAUGAGAAUGGCAUGUUCACGUGUGCUGAGGGCUCUGGAAAGUUUUGCCCUCUGAGGACCUUCCCAGAUUACCUCUACAAGAAGAUGGUUCAGAGGGAAAAGUGCCAGGCUGUGAAAGCUGUCGAACGGGAGCCCUACACAGGGGAAGUUGUAGCGGUGCUAAACUCAGGAAAGAGGGACCCGGGGGUUUCGGAUCUGGAGACGCCGACGCGCCCCUGCACCCGGCACGGGGGGUUGAGGGACCUCCAAGAGUCCAGCUUCAGCCUGUCUGGUGCCCAGAUCGACGACAACCUUCCAAAGAGAUCCUCGGCGAGGAUCCUCGCUCCUCCUGGAGGGAGAUCCAGCGGGAUUUGGUAACCAAUCAGCGGGUCCUCACGCGAAGCGGAAGAAUGACGCCCGAGGGAAACAAAAGGCCGAGCAAGAUGACUUGUUUUUCUCUCUGGAAGCUUAGAAUAUGUGUGGGGUUAAUUGAGUCAUGUUUUUUUUCGAUCUCAGCACAGUUACAUAGGAUUGUAAUCGGUAAACUCUAUAACAUUUGCUGUAAUAUUGUGGGAGUACGUAUUAAGGAAAACUAUUGCUACCAAAUUUCAGUCAAACGUUAACCAAAUUUAAGCAGCAAAUAAAAGAUGGGCUGCCAAUGAAUAACUUUGGCUGUUGGAUCACGUUAGAGGAAACGUCUUACUGGUACUUUUAGGAUUAUGAAGGUGAGUCGUGGUUUUUAUGAUGCGAUUGUGUUACCUCACUGUAAAAAAUCGAUUUUGCACUUAUAUCAUGUACUAUUUAGAUGCCUUUUUACAUGAUUUAAUGUCACAAAUAUCACAAAUGUCUUUUUAACGCAAGCCAUGGAGAAUGAAAUGUGAUGAGUUAUUAGCAGGGUGUGGGCAAGCCAAUAAUAUGUUUGUUUAAAAAAAAACAUAGUUGACCAACUGAUGACAAAUAUCAUAAUGCAAAAUAACCUUUUAUAUGUGUUUAUUUAUUAUUUAUUUUGCAUUAUUUGUGCGGUUUUCCGUUGACGCUACUCUGUUAGCAUCAUGUCCUUGGUAAGAAUGAGGUCUUUGUUCAAUAGUUUCAGAUCAUGUUUACAGCCUUACAGCAGAAGAGACUUCUGUUCCACCUCCACCAAAUGUGAAUGAACCUAUGCUGUGUGUGCUGUGCGUGGUAGCAUAUUUAGACCUGCUGUAAUAAGCACUAAUGUUGCUCGUGUUACGCAGCAUUUUUUGUGAUCGUAUCCAUUUUCCACAGAGAGCAAAAAGUCUCACCCAAACUGCCUUUUUCUCACCCGAGAACACCGACACACACAAACGCGUCAUCCCACACUGCCGCCACACAUCACGACGUGUUGAACAAUGUUGUUUCUUUGGGGCCCCUUUUAACUGGUCUCAAACUGCAGAGUUCAAAAGUUACGCUGACUCAAACACACGCGAUUACAGGAGGUGAACCCUCUGCUGCAUUCACAGGGCUGGUGUUUAAUGCCAUUCCUCGAGGGGGUCAAAUUCCUUCACACCGUACGCCACAUCAUAGCAGGAAGGCAUGCAGAAGAGCAUGGAUAUGUUCGGUUUUUUUUUAGUUACAUCAUUCUUGUUAAUAAUUGUCUAAGAAGUCAUUACUUUUGUUGUGUUAUUGUCUAAACCGAUGCACAAAGGAUUUUUUUGAAUGUUUGGACUCAGAAGAUCAUCCCGUGACAGUAAAUGUCCUCCAUCGUUGUUUGUUUGUUGGGUAAGAUUUCACUUCUAGAAGCUCCAGUGAAUCUUGUGGCGUCUUCCUCCUCCCAAAUGUACACUGGUGCUGAACAAUGUGUCGUCACAUUGACUUCCUUUAUUUCUUAUUUCUUCUUGCAGCUCUGUAUCACAUGAUUUGAGUGCAAAUAAACCACAAUGAAAUCUCCAA